GUUUCGUCUGCUUUGGGAGAGCGCGGAGAGCAACCACCUGCGUGCCCGUAACAACCGGUGUGCGUGUGAAGCUUUUUGGUCGCUGUUCGCAAAGGAAGCGCUUUUUGGGUUGUGGUCCGCGUUGGCCGUGCGACGAGUGAAUGUGGGCUCGGAGUCGUGUCUAAGCCUAACAGUGCCGACCUCGUCGAAACCACAAAAAUCGCCGUCGAUGUUGGCGGCGUGCCGACGCUGCGGCAACGAGUCGGCAUGGAUCACCGGGAUAAGUUUCACCGUGCUGCUCGCGACGGAUACCUGGAUCUUCUCCGAGAAGCGACGCGCAAGGAUUGUAACACGCCGGACGAAGAUGGCAUGACUCCGACCAUUUGGACGGCGUACUACGGUCAUUUGGAUGCGCUUCGGCUGCUCGUCGGACGCGGGGGCGACCCGGACCGCUGCGACCACUUCGGCACGACGGCGCUGCACUGCGCGUCGGCCAACGGCCACAUCAACUGCGUCUCGUUCCUGGUCUCGUUCGGCGUGAACCUGUGGGCGCUCGACAACGACUUCCACACGGCGUCCGACGUCGCCUCCCUCAACCAGCGGGACGAGGUGCUGCGGUUCCUGGACCAGGCCAUCUCCAAGCAGAGUGCGCUCAACAAGAAGCUGGUGCAGCGCAUGAAGGAGAAGGCGCUGCGGGAGGCGGACAAGCGCCGCAAGGGCUACCAGAAGCUGACGCGCAAGGCGGCCAAGAAGGCCGAGCGAGACGACAAGAUGCUCGAGAAGCAGCGCAAACGCAUGGCACAGGUGGAACUCUUGGUGGAAGCCAACAGUGGUACGGUGAGCAGUGGGGUGAUCCCACUUCACGGGGACAACCACAGGCUCGGGGGACUGCCGAGAGCCACCAAGUUCUCGGAUAUGGUCAACUCCGGGCACUCGACCACAGUGUCCAGUCGGAAGGGCCUGGGGGCCGUCUCCAAGAAGGUCCACCUCAAGAAGCAGACGACCGACCCAGGAGACUUCAAGGUGCGAGGCAUAGAGAGCAACGGCAAGAAGUCGGUCCGCUCCUUAUCUGGACUUCGUCGUGACACCGAGGUCCUCUUUGUGCCCAAGGGGUGCGCGGAAGAACCAACUUCCCAGCGACCGGCCCUCCAGGACUUCCUGGACGCCUCCAAUGAACUCUCACGUGCCAUUAGCGAACCGGAACUGGGCCCCGGAUUCGGACACACGGACUCGGGACUCGGAGACGACGAACCAGCCGGCAGCAUGUUUGAGCGGCCGGGUUUCGGGAGCGUCGCCUUUCGUAACUCCAUCUCGGGAACCCUGCUGUCUCUCCCGUCGUGCCGGAUGGAUGAUGAAGAGUGCCUGGUUCUGCCCUGCGGAAGCGUCGUCGACUCUAUCGGAUCGGCAGGAAGCCUUGCGCAGAGGCAGCGGAGCAUGCCCUGGGAAGAGGAUCCGGACGAAUACGACGAGGACGAAGAUCCUGACCGGACGCCGGCAGCCGUGGUGUUCUUGGCGGCGCAUGGCCUGGCAGAAUACGUCCCGCUUUUUUCGCAAGAAAAGGUGGAUCUCGAUGCCUUAAUGCUUCUGGGCGAGGAAGACCUGAAGGCCAUGGGUGUUCCACUGGGUCCACGCAAGAAACUGCUGAGGGCCGUCGAGCAGCGAAGAUCGGCUUUUGCAGACCCUGGAGAAGUUGCUGAUUCGAGGCUGUGACUUUGUGGAUGUGUCUGGAGCUCAGGACAAGGGUCUUUCGUGUCCUCUGCUCUCUUCAGCUGCGUCAUUGUCGCUGGGCCUUACUACAUUAGGGACCAAACCUGCGAGUCUUCUGUGCCUUGUCACUUGGCAGCAUUUCAAGUCAAGAUCUUAUUGACAGUACCGAGUGUUUGAGCCUGUCCAAUGACUAUCGUGUCCUCGAGGACAUUAAACUGUGGUUGCGACACUGAACCUUUUUCAGGAGUGCCGUGACGGCAGCAUCGAUGGUUAGUGUGGACAAUACUGCUUGCUGCUGACGCCUGUAUGUCGAAUGUGUGAACGAUUCAUUGGAUGAACAGUUAUGCCAAAUGGCUGUUUGUUGAUUUUUUAGCGAGUCGCAGACAGCUGAUGGACUGGAACGUUUCCGGCGAGCAAUGUUAUUGUGCGUUUGGGUGUUGUGGGAACUGUCUUCAUAUUCCGAAGGAUGAAACCUUUCUUUUAUAGCAGCGCUCUUUAGUCUGCUCUCUGCACAGCUCUGAAACCUAGUGCACAAAGAGAAGAUGCUGGCCAGUCAAGCCCAUCAAUAAUGUCCGUUGCAUACGGUGCGGAGGCAUAAAAUUUCCAUCAACACCAGUUGUAAUAUUAAAUUAGAGGGUCUACUACCUUUAGCAGGGGGCUUUUCAAGGAAUAUGUUACUAAGUAGUUCUGUAAAACAAUUUUGCCCUAAUAGUUGUGAAAGGAGCAUUUAUGGGAAUGCACUGUUUAAAGGACACUGAAGUUGAUUUCAGAGUAAUGUUUGAAAUUUAAAUAUAGGGUACACAUGCUGAGGGAAUGUCUGGCAGUCUACUAAGCCAACCUAAUGCCAUAGAGGUUCACAAAUGAUUGAAGCAGCCAAGAAAUCCACCACCCUUGCCGCAGUGCCUUAAAAAUAAUGGUAUUGUAACUAAUAUCAUGGUAGGUUUCGUUGAUAGCAACGAAAUAUUACUUUUUUUUUUCGGCAGUCAGGAGACGAGGUGGGGGAAAAUCGCUUUUAGUUUUGUUAAUAGAAAAAUUUGUAAGAAAGUCUGAGAAGCAUUGACCCGUGUCUGAAACCAAUUUCAGUGUUCCUGGCAUUAGUUUGCACACUAUAUUAAGAGUUAAAGAAAAGCUCCUACGAACUCUUUCCACUUUAGCAGAACGAACUCUGGAAAGGAGGUCGUCUCCUCUUCGGCUGUCUUCUAAAUUGGAAAGAGGUGGGAGAAGCUUCCCCUGAACUCCAUGUCACCGACUAUAGGGAUCUAGCUUCUUUAAUAUAUGAAGAUGGAUGGAUAUGUUGGCACUUACUAGAUCCAACUUUACCAACUGUUAGCGUUUGUGCCAUCUAGCGGUAAAAAGAGAUUUUCCCUCACUGUGCUAUGUAACAUUCUGUUGUCUGCUAAAACGGCAUCAUAUGAUGUUGAAUUUCGCAUUAAUAUUUUGUCUGAGUCGAGACUUUUAUCUGUUUGCCUGCUUGUUGAAAGAAGAUGUGUGCUGAGGAUUCUGGCGAUUUCAUCUAUAUGUUCCUAGCGUCUGUUUUUCACUGGGUAACAUGUUUUUGCUUUAUACCUCGACACAGCAGCAUACUCGUACAGUGCACAUUCGUUGUUUUCCUACCAAAGAUACAUACUUACACGGACUUUAUAUGCACUAUACUGCGGUAUCUAAUAGGACAGUGUAAUCGCAAGGUUUUAAAAGUAAUGUUAACUGAGAAACUUUUCGUGGGCUUUUGAUGCCUGCUAUCUGUCCAGCCCUACUAAAUGUUUCCGAUAUUGCUUCCCGACAAAUAUGUUUCUGGAAUUAAGCGUUUCGAUAUGACCCACCUGAUACCGAACAUUCCUUUUAUUAUGAUAUGAGCUCAGAGAAUGGGGUGCCUGCAGUGUUGGAAGCUGCAACAUUUUGUUUUUCAAAAUAAAAGUUAAUUGAGUUUUUUUUUUCACAUAUAAAUUUUAAAAUGCAGCUCUUUCUUUAUAAAAACAUAAAUGGCAACAGACUUUCAGAAUUCUCAAGUUGCGGGCAGAAUUUCGGAUGGAGGAAUAUGCAAAACCUCUUAUUCAAAGUUGGUGCUCCCUGUAUUGCAGCUAUCCUCACGAGCUUUUUGACAUCAGGUCAGUCACAGUGACUAGGUUAAUUGGUGUCAUGGGCACCAUAUCAUCACUACACAAAUACAGAUAAUCUUUCUACGGCAGAGAUUUUUUUUUCCUAUUCCUUUGUAAAAAGUAAAUCCGUUCAAACGGAGCUAACACCCAGUUCGUCAAGUUUCCCUCGAAGCUUCUUCAGAAAAUUCGUAGCAAAAUCAAAACGCGAAUGAGCUCUCACAUAUAAACAUAAACCACAAAAAUUGUGGAAAGUGAUACGUAUCCACACCGACUGAAAGUUGUGACAGAAUGAGAUUUCUGACCUCACUUUAGCGGAUAGCGUAGCACACGUCUUCAAUCCGAGCUUGUUUAAAACUCUUGGAGUGACAGAUUGAGUUAGCGCCAUAAAAAAGAGAAAAAAA